AUGGAUCUAUCAGGCAAGAACCAAUUACGUAUGAUGCAGCCAGGUUUAAGCCAACCAGUUAUGAGCCCACCAGGCCCAGGCCCAUACAACAUGCAACAACCAGGGCCAAGCCAACCAUACACGAGCCAGCCAAGCAUGAACCAACCAAGCACGAACAAACCAGGUAUGACAAGACCAGUCUCAUGCCAACUAGAUAUAAACCAACCAGGCCUGGGCCAAUCAAAUAUGAAGCAAUCAUGGUCAAGCACAAACCAACCAGGCAUAUACAAAACAGACCUGAGCCAACAAAGUAUGAGAGAGUCAGACCCAAGACAAGUGGGUAUGAAACAACUAAGUUCAAGUCAACCAGCAGCCAUGAACCAAACAGGUCUAUGGCAACCAGGCCCACCUACUCCCAAUAUGAAACAAAUAAACACAUGGCAAUGGGACCCAGAGUAUUCAGGCAGGGGACCACCAGACAUGUGGCAAAUAACCCAAAAUAAUCAGGGAACAAAGCAAUCAGAUACAAUGCAACAAGACCCAAGCUAUGCAGGACAGAAACAACCAGACACAUGGAAACAGGAUCCAGGAACGAAAGAAACAGAUUCAUGGCAAUGGGGGCCAAGUCCCCCAAGUAUGAGACAAACAGAUGCAUGGCAAUGGGACCCAGACCACCCAGGCAGCAAACAAUCAAAUUCAUGGCAACCACAACUAAAUUCCUCAUCUCCCAGACAAUUCAACUUGAAACAAGCAAGUCCCACUGAUCAAGGUAUGAAGCAAUCUGAUACGUGUCAACCAGGCCCUAGUCAACAAGGCAAGAGACAAUCAAGCACAGGGCAACAGAGCCCUGGCCAACAAUGUACAAGACAUUCAGUCACAUGGCAAGCAGGUCCUAACGAAGUAGGAAAGAAACCGUCAGGUACAUGGCAAGUGGGCCUCAAUCAUUCAGGUAUGGAGCAGUUUAACACAUGUCAAACAGGCUUCAGCCAACCGUUCACCAUGUGUCAAUUAGGACCCAGCCAAUCAAGCAUGAAAGAAUUUGACACGUGGCAAUCAGGCAGUAGCCAACCAGACAUGAAAGAUCUGGAUGUAUGGCAAUCAGGCACCAGCCAACCAGGCAUGAAGCAGAUAGAUCCAUGGCAAUGGAAUUCCAGCUACCUAGUCAAGGCACAAUCAGACAAAUGGCCACCAGGCCCCAGCCCUCUGGAUAUAAGACAAUUGGAUUCAUGGCAACCAGGUCAAUCUGGCAUGAAAUAUUCAGACUCAGGGCCAUGGGAUCCAAGCCGGCUAGGUAUGAUACACUCAGAUUUAUGGCACCCAAGUCUCAGCCAGUUAGGUACAAGACAAUUUGAUGCAUGGCCACCAAAUUACAGCAUGCCUGGUGUAAGACAAUUAUACACAUGGCAUCCAACCCCAAGUUACUCAGGCACAAGACAAUCAGAAAAAUGGCAACCCUACUUUGGCAACACAAACAUGAAACAAUCAGAUAAUUGGGAACCAGUGCCAAGGCAAUCAGGAACCACUCAAGUAGGGACAAACCAAUUAGAUACAAACCAACCUAAUGGCACCAAAUCAAACCAAGGAGUAAAGACACACUCAGAUAAAUCAGAACUAAGUCCAAGCAAACCAGAGUUGACAGGUAGUUCAUUAGAGACUAGCCAAUCAGACUUAAGUCAACCAAGCAUAAGCCAACCCGGUAAAAUUCAAUUAGAGCCAGGUGAAUCAAGCAUGAGUGAAUUAAAUGGAAGUCAACAAGGAAUGACACCAUCAUUCGGGAAAAAAAAUUCUUGUGCUUUCUACAUAAGACCGGCUGAGCCUCAAGACUGCCCAGAUAUCCUGAGACUGAUUAAAGAACUGGCUACCUAUGAAGGCACGCAAGAAAAGGUGUCAUUAACAGAACUGGAUUUAUUCAAGGAUGGUUUUGGGGAAAAACCACUUUUCUACUGCCUGGUUGCUGAAGCGCCCAGUAAACAAGCAGAAUCAGGAGUAAAAAUUAUUGGAUUUGCCAUGUACUACUUCACUUACGACCCACGGAUUGGCAAACUGCUUCACCUGGAGGAUUUUUACAUCACUGAAAAUUAUCAAGGUCUAGGUAUUGGGGCUGACAUGCUGAAGAAGCUAAGUCAGAUAGCCAUCAACACCGGAUGUAGUGGCAUGCAGUUUCUUGUCAUCAUUUGGAAUCAGGAUUCUGUUGAGUACUACACUCGCCUAGGGGCUUUAGACCUUUCCUGCGAGGAAGGCUGGCAUUUGUUCAGAUUUAACAUGGAAGAUCUCCUGGAACUUGCCGAGGAAGAAUGAAAACGAAGACUAACAAACAACAGUAACAACAAAAACAGUAACAAUUCAUCCCAACGAAGGCCUCAACAUUUGAACGUUACCUGAGAAACAGCACUUUGACAUCAAAUGUUGUAAAAUAAAGCAAGUGAAC